AUGACAGGGAUUAAUGAAACGGAUGACUUUAAGUUAGAGCAACAACGGAGGGUUAAUUUUCAUGACGAGCCAGAAACAAGGCAGUUUUAUGGCGAAGACUUGGUGGGUGCUGCGAAGACUAAAGGUAGCAAGGUUCCUGUUAUACAGCGAGAAGGGGCAACUAUGGCAGAGCGACAAGUUGAUUUACAGAACGCUAUUAUAUGGCUUCGAAGGGAACUACAAGAGAUGCAAUUACAAGACAAGAAUUUAGCAAGACAGAUGAUCAAGCUUCGGGCGAGGAUUAAAAAUAUGAUGAAGAUCGAUGAAAGCGAUGUGAGUGAAUCAGACUCUUGA